AUAGGCAUAGUCGCCAUGCACGUGCAGCUCCUCAACAAUGACCGCCUCAUCAUCUACGACCGCACCGACUUCGGCUUCUCCAACCUAACCCUCCCCAACGGCACCUGCCGCCACGACCCCUCCGAAAAGGUCCUCAACCAAACAGACUGCACCGCACACUCCCUCGAAUACGACGUCGCAUCCGACACCUUCCGCCCCCUCUUCGUCCAAACCGACAUCUGGUGCUCCUCCGGCACCACCGUCGCUAACGGCACACUCAUCCAAACCGGCGGCUACAACGACGGCGAACGCAAAAUAAGAUCCUUCACUCCAUGCGAAACGUGUGACUGGCAAGAAACGGAUAAUGCCCUUCUCGUUAAGCGCUGGUACUCCACCGAUCAUUAUUUACCAGACGGACGUCAAAUUAUAAUAGGAGGAAGAAGACAAUUUAAUUACGAGUUUUACCCGAAGAUAAAUUCAGCAGAGUACGAUAAACCCUACGUGUUACCGUUUCUGUUUGAGACUUAUGAUAAGGGCGUGGAGAAUAAUCUCUAUCCGUUUGUGUUUUUAAACGUGGACGGAAAUCUUUUCAUUUUCGCCAACAGCCGUGCGAUUCUGUUUGAUUACCAAAACGACAUCGUUGUCAGAACAUAUCCGGAGAUACCUGGGGGAGACCCUAGGAGUUAUCCUAGUACCGGUUCCGCGGUUUUGCUUCCCUUGAGGAAUUUGGAAGCGCCGAGUGUUGAGGCAGAGGUUUUGAUCUGCGGUGGGGCCCCAAGGGGGGCUUUUCAGCUGGUGCCACAGGGGGUUUUCCUCCAAGCGUUGGAUUCUUGCGCAAGGAUUAUGAUUACAGAUCCGAAUGCCACGUGGACAGUGGAGAGCAUGCCCAUGGGGAGGGUGAUGAGCGACAUGGUGAUGCUCCCCAACGGUGACAUUUUGAUCAUAAACGGAGCUCAAUUAGGAACGGCCGGGUGGGAUAAGGCGAUGGAACCGGUUCUUGAACCAGUUAUUUACAAAACCAACGGUUGGGUUGGGUCCAGGUUUGUUUUGCAAAGCGCCUCGAGUAUUCCUAGGAUGUAUCACUCGACGGCGAUUUUGGUUCGUGAUGGAAGGGUUCUCGUGGGUGGUAGCAACCCUCACGAGAAAUACGAUUUCUCUAACGUGUCUUACCCUACGGACCUGAGUUUGGAGGCGUUUUCUCCUUACUAUUUGGACCCUCAGUUUUCACCCUUGCGUCCGAUGAUUGUAGAGCCUUGUUCUCAUGCUAAUGUCACAUAUGGUGAGAAAUUUAAGAUGGGUAUUGAGGUCAAUGGGACGCUUGUGCCCGAGUUGGUGUCGGUGACUAUGUUGGCGCCGCCGUUUAACACGCACUCUUUUUCCAUGAAUCAGAGGUUGUUGGUGUUGUCGAUUGGCCAAGUUAAUGUUACCGGAAAUUGGACUUGUGAAUUUGAGGUGACUCCGCCCGGUUCGGCUGUCCUUGCACCUCCCACGUUUUAUCUGUUAUUUGUGGUUCAUCAAGACAUUCCCAGCGAAGGAAUUUGGAUCAAGAUUCAAUGA